GAUAGACAGACAGAAAGUGAGAGAGAAAGGCAGACAGAUAGACAGACAGAGACAGACAGAUAGAGACAGACAGAGUUCACAGGGUUUUCUUUUCCAUUUUAUGCUAAUAAUAUAAAAAUAGAAAACAAACAAACAAAUAAAUAAAUAUCGAUAAGCCGACACACACUUGUUCGCAGGUUUCCUCGUUUUUUUAUUUCUGCAGAAAAUACAACGAAUAAAUAAAUAAUUAUUGAUACUCGUUCCCCGGCUUAUCACACGUGCUCUCCAUGCAAACGUGGAGAACACCACACAGGAAGUAACCCAACCUCAGGAUGAAACUCAGGUCUGCACCACCACACUGCCCCCUGUGUGUGUGUGUGUGUGUGUGUGUAAUACCAUACACUAAGAUUAGCAGGACUGUUACUGCAACAUUUAAAAGUUGAAUCAUACAAUACAUUACAACUAAGUAGUAAGUCAUGUUUAUAUAAACACACAUUUCUAAAUAGUUCCUUCACUCAGGCACUGCAAGAGAACACCUCACCUGGCCGCUAGUGCACGCUGGGUCUGUUUUAGAGCUAAACCGUGCACCUGAAUUUUACUGCGCCCAUACAAUGAUCUAUACGGUAAUACAUAAACAUUGUCAAAGUGGGGCUUUGGUGUAAUUUUUUAUUGGGAAUUGUAGUCUUUUUAACUCACUCCACAUGAGACUGGUAUGGCACAUGAAACUACAAAGUCCAGAAGACAUGUCUCUUCUCUCUCCUCCGCCUCUUACGUUUUCAAAAUACCGAAAGUUUGCCAACAGGAAUGAAUGCAACGUUAGUUACCUAACCGGAGACCAGUGAACUAUACAACACCAUGUUGGCCCGCGUGGGUGCUAUAACAACAGCAGUUCUCGGCUCUGCAGUGUUCUGGGCGCAGCAGAAAAACACCGAGCCUGUACAGGAACACUUGGAUUUGACCAAUACUCCUAGUUCCGACCAGUCCUCAUCUCAGUAUGAGCUGAAACUUGUUCAGGUGUUGUUUAGACAUGGUGCGAGAACACCGCUGAAGUCUAUACCAGACGUUUUGGAGGCGCGCUGGGUUCCUGACCUUCUGGAGGUUCCAGAUCACACCAAGAUCGAUUAUGUCGUUACAGACCUGCAGGGUGGCCCAAGACCUCCUUCUCCUGUGGAGGACAGCUACAGAGCUAAAACCCUGGCGGGUGGCACGUAUCCGGGUCAGCUGACCACAGUGGGCAUGCAACAGCUGUAUGAUCUAGGACUAAGGCUGAGGAGGAGGUACAUUCAGGACAUGGCCUUCCUUAGCCCAUACUUCAACAGUAAAGAAGUUUACGUUCGUUCAACCAACAUCGUCCGCACCAUCGAAUCAGCCAGGUGUCUGGUAGCAGGGUUGUUCCAGCAGCAAAACACGGACACUGUGUCUAUCGUCACAGAAGAAGCAGAGAAAGAGAUCCUCUACCCAAACUACCAUGGAUGCAAACUUCUCAAGCUGCUCAGUGGAUCCCGUUGGGCAAAAUCGUCCACGUUGCCCGACAUUGCUUCUGAUCUACAGAGCAUUCAGAGCGCGUUGGGUGUCGGGCCUCAUCAGCGUCUUGACUUCAUCCUCAUUAGAGAUGACAUGGUCGCCAGAGAGACUCACAGGCUGCCGUCCCCUGCAGCACUCGAUAGCUGGAGAGCUAAAGUAGAGCAGAGAGCUGUGGAUAUGAUCUGGUACAUCUAUGAGCCCAGUAACAGGGAAAACCUACAGCUGUGUGUGGGUCCUGUCCUUCACACUCUUCUCACUAACAUGGAGACCAAAGUUCAGGGUAAUGCCUCAGAUUCAGACAGGAAGCUGUUUCUGUACUCGGUGCACGACACUACGCUAAUGCCGUGCUUGAUGGCGCUGGGUGUGUUCGAUAUGAGAUGGCCUCCGUAUGCUGCAGACAUCACGCUCGAGCUGUACCAAAACCGGCACGACAUGCAGCACUAUGUCAAAAUAUCCUACAUCGGGCAGGAUCAGAAAAUCCCCGGGUGUAGUGAUGUCUACUGUCCUCUGAAAGAGUUUAAGCAGGCAUUGUCCGUGUACGCGCUUCCUGCGGAGAGCUACCACACCCUCUGCAACCGCAGAGCAGAAAACCCCACCUACUGACUUCACACUACCUCACGCCUUUGAAAACACACACACACACACUAAGUCCACUAAAGUUCAACACCAUCCAGUUCUGUUCAGUUCAGGUUUACACGUGCCGAUGGAAGAGCUUUAUUCUGAUGUUCAUUACUUGUUUUAUAUAGUUUUUAGGGUUUUUCUUCAGCAGUAUUAGUAUCAGCAGAUUUACAUUUUAGUUUAGGACUGUCUCGAUCGUAAAGCUCAGCAUUUGCACAUUUCAUGGUCAACGAAUAAAAACUGCGUCCUGUCCUUAUUGGAAGUUAUGUCUAAGUAGACUUGGUUUUUAUCAUAUCAUCAAUCACCAUAACACACACACACGCACACAAAAAAAAAGCUAAUCCAAAAUGAUGCUUUAUUAAAGAUUGUUAAUACAAGGUACUCAACACAAGACAGAAGGGGAAAUGGCCCCGAAACGUGAUCUUAUUUAUUUUGUUAUACUGUAAUGUAUGCAGCAAUUUGUCACUCAGGGGCCAGUUUUGCAUUUGUGGACCUAUUGUCCUCAUGAGUGUGUGCUUAUCUUAUUCCUCCCUCUAUGGGGUGUUUUACUGCACUGCUAGCAUAUCUAUGAUGUGAAAGAUGAUGUAGGUGGUUUCGCCUUGUGUUUUUUGUGGAUUUGUUUCAACUUUACUUCUGUCAUUAUAAUGUGUCCUUUUAGUAAAUAUAAAUUUUUCAUGGUGUUCAAGCUUAAUCAAUAAAUAAAUUAUUGUGUAGUCCAA